GGAAGGUCCAACUAUACGCACGGUACUCGCGUGGACAACAAUCUCUAUUUCUCAAUUUUCACGACCGAACGCACUCAAUUCCAAACACAAUUGAUUGACUCCAUGUAGCUCCUCUGACUUCACACACUUCACAGUAUCAAACCCUAACUCAGCUCCGCCAUUUUUCAUCGCCAUUACCCUACCAAACAUUUCUCUCAAAUCGGAGCUCACUGCUUCAAAAUCACACUCUCGAUUGAAAGCCGGAGACCUAUGCAGCAACAAUUGUUGUGAAGAUUCUAUUUGAGAAAAGUUUAAUGGGAAGUUCAAUGGAUCAAAGCUCAGAAGAGGAUUCAGAUAUAAGUGAAUCCGAAAUGGUUGAGUACAAAGAUAAAUCUUAUGAAAAACUGAAGAGUGGAAAGUACAAUGUGAAAAUCUCAGAGGAAAAUUUUAUAUGUCCUUACUGCCCCAAAAAAAGAAAGAGAGAUUUCCUUUAUAAGGAUCUUCUUCAGCAUGCUUCUGGGGUGGGCAAGAGUACUUCAGACAAAAGAAGUGUGAAAGAAAGGGCAAACCACCUAGCUUUGGCAAAAUACUUGGAGAAAGAUCUAGGGAAGGAAGGAAGUUCAUCAAAACGUGUGAAGGGAGAUGAGCCUCCUACUGGUUGUAAUCAUGAUGAAAAGUUCGUCUGGCCUUGGGUAGGCGUUGUGGUUAAUACUCCAACUAGAAGGGCAGAUGAUGGGCGGUUUGUUGGAGAAAGUGGAUCCAAGUAUAGAGAUGAACUGAUAAGGAGAGGAUUUAACCCAACAAGAGUUACUCCACUGUGGAAUUACCGAGGUCACUCGGGAACUGCUAUUGUGGAAUUCAAGAAAGAUUGGCCUGGUCUACAUAAUGCUAUGUCAUUUGAGAUAGCUUAUGAGGCUGAUCAUCAUGGGAAAAAGGAUUGGUAUGCUAGUAAUCAGGAAAAAUCUGGCAUUUAUGCAUGGGUUGCCCGUUCUGAUGACUACAAUUUAAACAAUAUUGUUGGGGAGCACCUACGCAGGAUUGGUGACCUUAAAACCAUUUCUGAAAUGAUGGAGGAAGAAGCUCGGAAGCAAGAUCAACUUGUAUCUAAUUUGACAAACGUGAUUGAGGAAAAAAAUAAGCAUUUGCAAGAGAUGGAACAAAGAUGCACUGAGACUUCAAACUCUGUUGAGAAGUUAAUGGUGGAGAAAGAUAAACUUCUUCAAGCGUAUAAUGAAGAGAUCAAGAAAAUACAACUAAGUGCACGGGAUCACUUUCAGAGGAUUUUUAGUGAUCAUGAAAAGCUUAAGUUGCAAGUAGAGUCUCAUAAAAAAGAGCUUGAGCUGCGUGGUGUAGAAUUGGAAAAGCGUGAGGCGCAAAAUGAAAGUGAGACAAAAGCUCUUUUGGAAGAGAUUGCAAAGAAUGCCAUGAGAAAUAGUUCGCUUCAAUUGGCCACAUUGGAGCAACAGAAAGCUGAUGAAAAAGUUAUGAAGCUGGCUGAAGAUCAGAAGAGGCAGAAGGAGGAGCUCCAUAAUAGGAUAAUUCAAUUGGAGAAACAACUAGAUGCUAAACAAGCACUAGAAUUGGAAAUUGAGCGAAUGCGAGGAACGUUAAAUGUGAUGAAGCACAUGGAAGAUGACGAAGAUUCUGAAGUUCUACAAAAGAUGGACAAGUUGAUUAAAGAUAUGAGAGAAAAGGAAGGAGAACUUGAGGAUUUAGAAGCAUUGAACCAAACACUAAUCAUUCGAGAGCGCAAAAGCAAUGAUGAGCUACAGGAUGCUCGUAAAGAAUUAAUUAGUUUCUUGAAAGAAAUAUCAACCCGUGCUCAUAUUGGUGUUAAAAGAAUGGGAGAACUUGACAAUAGAGCAUUCCUUGAAGCUAUGAAGAAAAAGUAUAAUGAUGAAGAAGCAGAGGAGAGAGCUUCAGAACUUUGUUCACUAUGGGAGGAAUUUCUUAAGGAUCCGGACUGGCAUCCUUUCAGAGUUGUUACAGUUGGAGGGAAUCAUCAGGAAGUAAUAAAUGAGGAUGACGAAAAAUUGCAAAGCCUGAAGAAAGAAUUGGGUGAUGAUGUGUACAAGGCAGUGACAUCAGCUUUAGUGGAGAUAAAUGAAUACAAUCCAAGUGGGAGGUACAUCACCUCAGAGCUCUGGAAUUAUAAGGAAGGAAGAAGGGCACCACUCAAAGAAGGCGUGGCAGUUUUACUGAGAUACCUGAAAGCAGCAAUGAAACGUGCAGGGGACUUGACCUCUCAAGGCCUAAAGAAAUAUUUUCAUCAUAAGCGAAGCAAACAGGAAGAGGCGAGGGCUGAAGGUUUUAAAUCUUUCGUAAUAGUGUGCAAAGAAUUACAGGCUCAAAAGUUUCUGAGUUUGCCUUUUGUCUCGAGACUGAAAAUGGAGGGAUGUAGUUAUGAAGAGAAGAAGAAAGCAUGUGAUAUUAAAACCCUUGAACAAGAGAUGGCUUACAAAAACCGGCGGCUACAUGAAGUGGAACAUAGGUAUGAACAAAUGCAUGCAAAUUUUCGCAAAGUCGCCAUUGGGCUUACGUGUAAGCUUAUUAGAAGCGACAAACGCCUCAAGGAGCAAGAGCUCAUGUACCAAGAAGAAAUAUCUUCAAGGGACUUACGAUUGCUUGAGUUCCAGCGGAAGUACAAUGAGACCUGCCAAGAGUUUGAGCAGCGAACUAAAGAAUUCGAAGAAUUGCUUGCCCAGAAAGAUUCAGAGAAAAGAAGCUUAAUGGAUCAAAUUGAUGAGCUUAAAUUGAAGUUGCAAAGUCAAAAUACUUUAGAAGGAGAUGGGGAUUUAACUGCUGAGAUCACUGAACUAAAGAACCAGUUAGAGGAAAACAAAGAAGCGUGGCAACAUUCGGAAAGCCUGAAUCAAACACUGAUACUUAAAGAGUUCUUGAGUAACCAAGAGCUGCAAGAUGCACGCAAAGAAUCAAUAAGUGUUUUGCAACAUAUGUUGGAUGGCCGCACAACACUUGCAAUUAAAAGAAUGGGUGAAAUUGAUAUAAAAGCUUUUCAAGAUGCAUGCUUGCUGAAGUUCACUGACGGAGACUGGCAAGCAAAAUCUGCCCAGUUAUGUUCAUCAUGGGAAGAACGUCUGGGGGAUCCUCACUGGUUUCCUUUCAAGAAAGUCACUGUCCAAGGCAACCUGCAAGAAGUAAUAGAUGAUAAUGAUGAGAGAUUGAAAACAUUGAGAAACGAAUAUGGGGAGGCUGCUUAUGAGGCUGUGACAAAUGCAUUGCUGGAGCUGAAUGAGUACAACCCGAGUGGGAGAUUUCCUGUGCUGGAGAUUUGGAAUCCAAAGGAAAGAAGAAGAGCCACGUUGAAAGAAAUUAUUGGAUAUCUAAGCAAACACUUGAAAACUCAUAAGCGUAAAAGAAGGUAGUCUAUUAUUUGGAUUGGAUAUUGCAAUGAAUAUGUUUACAAACUGUUCGGAUUUUCUAGUCUUCUCGGUUUUGCUUUUCAACAUCCAAAAAUUAUAGAUUGUUAUCAUUUAAAUGAAUGUUACACUUCUCUUGUAAAAUCUUAAAUGUCGUGCAAUUUUUAUGUAACUUAUCUCAAUCCAUUUCCUGAU